AAAGAGAAAAAAGAGAAGAAGUCUAAACGCCGUGACAAAUCUCGGAGGAGAAAGGCUCAGACGGAUGAAAGUGAGCAGUCGGAGGAUGACUUUGAUUCCCCGAAACUCAAGAAAUCACGGAGUGGAGUUAAACAGAACGGUGAUACGAGAGAAGAAAGCUCGGAGAACACGAGAUUAUCCUCCUUAAACAUUAAAUCCACCCACAAAAAACGGCACAGUAAUUCUAGUGAAACAUCAAGUGGUGACGGUGACAGUGAGCAAGAGCAGGAGAUGACUGAAGAACAGAAAGAGGGGGCUUUCUCCAAUUUUUCUAUUUCCAAAGGGACUGUUCAACUUCUUCAAGCUCGAGGAGUCACAUACCUGUUUCCUGUGCAAGUGAAGACCUUCGACCCAGUAUAUUCUGGCAAAGAUGUGAUUGCUCAGGCACGAACUGGAACAGGGAAAACAUUCUCUUUUGCUAUCCCCUUAAUUGAAAAGCUUCAGGCAGACUCACAGGAAAGAAGAAGAGGCCGUUCACCAAAGGUACUAGUUCUUUGUCCAACAAGAGAGCUGGCAAACCAGGUUGCCAAAGAUUUCAAGGACAUCACAAGAAAGCUAACAGUAGCUUGUUUUUAUGGAGGAACUCCAUAUAAUGGACAAAUUGAUCUCAUGAGAAGUGGCAUUGACAUUUUGGUUGGGACACCUGGUCGAAUCAAAGACCAUCUUCAGAAUGGCAAGCUGGACCUUUCCAAAGUGAAACAUGUUGUACUUGAUGAAGUUGACCAGAUGCUGGACAUGGGAUUUGCUGAGCAAGUGGAAGACAUUUUAAGAGUUGCAUACAAGAAGGAUUCUGAAGACAAUCCCCAGACGCUACUGUUUUCUGCAACUUGCCCACACUGGGUGUAUGAUGUGGCUAAGAAAUACAUGAAGUCUAGAUAUGAACAGAUUGACCUUAUUGGGAAAAGAACUCAAAAGGCUGCUACAACAGUAGAACAUUUGGCAAUAGAGUGUCACUGGUCUCAGAGAGCUGCGGUUAUUGGAGAUGUCAUUCAGGUCUACAGCGGCAGCCAUGGGAGGACCAUUGUCUUUUGUGAGACCAAAAAGGAGGCAAAUGAACUGGCUCUGAAUGCUUCAAUCAAACAGGAUUGCCAGUCGUUGCAUGGUGACAUUCCUCAGAAGCAAAGAGAGAUCACACUGAAAGGUUUUAGAAAUGGUACAUUUAAAGUUCUGGUUGCAACCAACGUAGCUGCCCGUGGUUUAGAUAUCCCUGAAGUUGACCUGGUUGUACAAAGUUCACCACCAAAGGAUGUGGAGUCCUAUAUCCAUCGUUCUGGGCGCACAGGUCGAGCUGGACGGACUGGGAUCUGUAUCUGUUUUUAUCAGCGAAAGGAAGAACAUCAGUUAAGAUAUGUGGAACAAAAAGCGGGCAUUACAUUUAAGCGUGUUGGUGUUCCUACUGCAACAGAUAUAAUAAAGGCUUCCAGCAAAGAUGCUAUCAGGUGUCUGGAUUCUGUUCCUCAAACUGCUAUUGAGUAUUUCAAAGAAUCUGCUCGGUUCCUAAUACAAGAAAAGGGACCAGUAAAUGCUCUGGCUGCAGCUCUAGCCCAUAUUUCAGGUGCUACUUCCAUUGAACAGCGCUAAAAAAAAACUCUGAUGCGCAAGAAUGUAGGAUUUGUUACAAUGAUACUACGCUGCUCUGAAGAAAUAAACAAUAUGAGCUAUGCUUGGCGAAGACUGCGAGAACUCUUGGGUGAUGAUGUUGACAGGAAGGUGAACAGAAUGUGCUUCCUCAAGGGAAAAAUGGGUGUGUGCUUUGAUAUUCCUGCAGCAGACCAAAAGGAAAUAGAGGCAAGAUGGGAAGAUUCAAAACAAUGGCGUUUGUGUGUGGCAACUGAAUUACCUGAGUUAGUAGAAUCACAGCGAGGAGGAGGAGGAGGUGGCGGAGGAAAUGGCCGAAGCUUCUCAAGCUCCAGGAAUGGGCGGCGUAGUAGCUCUGGCAGAAACAGAUUCAGAAGCAGAGGCCAGAAACGAAGUUUUGACAGAGCAUUUGAUCGUUAA